AUGGAGCGUGCCCUGCUGGUGCUGACCGCUCUGAUCACGAAAUCCGUGGGAUCCUGGUGUCAAAGCCAUGAUGGUAGCUGUGUUGGGCAACGCCACAGUUUUGAGAAGAAGGAGAUCUCGCAGCUCACAGGUGAUCCGUAUCACGGCACGGUGCGCUUUGCAGAUUGGGAUGGUGAUGGCGACACUGAUGUGUUGGUUGGUGAGGCAGGGGCGAUCUGGCUCCAUGAAAGGCUUUCGCAGAACACUUUUCAGAAGCGCCAGUUGCUGAAGCUUGAAGCACAACACCCAGGAGAGCUCUUUAACCACCUUUUCCAAUAUCCGCCCCCUCCCGUUGCUGCCCGCCAAAAUCGCUUCGAAGUCGUGGACUGGGAUGGCAACUCGGUUGUUUAUAGGAGACACAUUUUUCUUUUGUCCUUUCAUGCUCGGGUGCAUGGUGGCAGCAUGAUCUUAGAGCUCUUGAGGUCUUGGACAGAUUCUCUUGUUCCAGGGUGUUCAAGGGUUUUUGGUGAGACAGCGUUUGGUAUGUUCGCAGUCUCUCACGGUCGAGGUGAUCAUCAGCUUGAUUUGCUGUUGUGCAGCACAGUGAAUGAUUCUGUGACUGUGAGGCUGUGGAAUCGUUCCACGCAUGUGGAAGAACCUCUUGAUUUUCCAGUCGUUUUGUCGACCAACGGAUCUGUAUGUGAUAUGCUGGCUGUGGACUUCGAUCACGAUGGUGAUCUGGAUCUGAUGUUGGGACAUCACAACUAUCAGCCAAUGUACUCCAGAUACUUUGAGCGUAUCUCUGAGAGUCUAGUGGAGCGCACUGGAAGAGAGAACCCUUUGGAGGUUUUCGACCACAAGGUGGUGACCAGGGGCUACUCGAAGUCGACAGAGUAUUAUGGGCACCUCUACUUGGCCUACUUUGACAGUGCUGCUGACGGGAGCUUUUUGACAGUGGAGAACCCCUUGGAGGAGAUCUCCUUGACUACAAACUCAGAAUUCUGGUCUGAGUUUUAUGUGGCAGAUUGGAACUCCGAUGGUUGGUUGGACAUUUUGGUGGUACAUGUGUACGCCAACGGGAAAUCCCACUGGACCUUGGCCGAGUACUUUGAACAUGUGCUGGAUCGAAGCCUGGCGCAGAAUUCUCAGCUCAACGCCUACCAGGAUGUCGAAGUCGGACCCUUCUCUGAGCAUAUCGUCCUAGACUGGAAUGGCGAUGGGGCAGAAGAUGUGGUCGUCUUGGAGGACUCUGAACGCUUUCAUUUGUACGAAUUUCAUGAGGGCAGUGUGAGGACAGUUCCCAGGGUCUUUGAGAACAUCACCAGCUUGGGGGAGAAUCCAUACCCUUAUCAGCCGUAUCCUGCUGCUCGAGCAGCGUUUGCCGAUUGGGACCAAGAUGGAGAUGUGGACCUCAUCUUCUCCUCACAAGCAGAUGGCAAGCUGCACUAUCAUGAGAUGAUCUCCGGCAGUUGGACUUCAGAAGAUGCAGAGCAUCCCUUCAGUAACAUCUCCUUGGUCAACCACCCGCAGCCGGUGGUUGUAGACUGGGACAAUGAUGGUGACAUGGAUUUGUUUCUGGGUCCACCAGAUGGACGAUUCUUUGAGCAGCUGGCGGACGGCACUCUACAUGAGUGGCCACUGGAGCAAAGCCCAGUCAAGGAUCUGGUGAAGCAGGGCGAUCUCGCGUGGCGAGUUCUGGAUUGCGACGCAGAUGGUGAUUUUGAUUUACUCCGACUGCGAUCCAAUCAUGAGCAGCAGGUGCAAGCUUGUGAGCACGAGCAGCGAAGUCCGCAUCAGCUUGGUACUCUGAGAUGCGAUGAUGACUUCUUGUGUUUAGGAACAAACCUCAGUCACUUCAAGAAUAGCCCAGGAGGUCCUCUUGAGGGACUGGGUGACUUGUUACACUUGGACUUGGGAGACCUGAAGGAUGGCCGGCUCAAGUUCAUCAGCGUGCAUGACAACGCCAAGGGUGCAGUGCUUUGGAGCGCCGGCUUCUGCGUUCCAUCUGACCCCUGCCAUCAGAGAGGCUUUUGCUUGCCUCGCGCAACGCAGUGCAGCUGCGUUGCAGGCCAUGAGCUUGGUGAUUGUUCUGGUUGUGAGCCACAUUUUUAUAGUGAGCAGGCACAAGUUGGGCAGAUGCAUCGAUGCAAAGCAUGUCCAGGAGCAGAUGGGCAAGUUUGCUACGGUCGAGGCCUUUGUUUCGAUGAUGCGGCAGCCAAGGCGGCCGCCGCGGCCGCCGCCCUGCAGUGGCAGUCCUCCACGGCCACUCUCAUUGCGCAAGGUACAGGCUCCUGCAUUUGCAAUGAUUCUCAUUUCCAUGGACUCGACCAGGAGGGCCGAAGCACCUGUGCGGAAGGCUCUUGCCCAGCUGGCACCGAAGAGAGUCAGGGUCUUUGCUCUCCUUGUGCAGCUGGAUCGUUCUCGCAAGCAGGUCGGCUUUGCAAAGAGUGUGGUCCUGGAAGGUUCUCAUUGACCGGAAGCAGCACUUGUUCAACCUGUCCUCCAGGAACGGUUUCAAAGACAUCAGGUGCUUCGGCCUGUGACGUUUGCCCUGCAGGAACGUAUGAAGUCGAUCAUCAACUGUGCAACAAGUGUCCUGGUGGCUUCAUCUCGGCAGCAGGGAACAACUCUUGCAGCGCCUGUGAGGCUGGUUCCUUUGCGCCAAAGGUGGGCAGUGUCGCAUGCGAGCCCUGUCCAGCAGGCACUUAUUCAGGUGAAGCCAGUGGAAAGUGCAGCACCUGUCCUUCAGGCACCGUUUCAUUUGGAGCAGGUGGAGCUUGCCGACGCUGCGAACCUGGCCGCUUUGCCCAGUCCUCUUUGACAUGCGAGCCAUGUCGCGGAGGAACCUUUGCAUCCGAAGGAAGCAGCGCUUGCCAAGCGUGUCCGGUGGGUCAUGUGUCCCAUGACAACAGCGCUACAUGCAGCAGUUGCGAAGGGUUGUUCAUUCGAGCCACUCCUGAUGCCAUGAGACAAAGCUGUCAAAUUCUGGCCAUGGAUAUGGUUUUUGCUUUGAUCUUAUGGAUGACCUUAGCUUCUUUGUGCUUCCUCCUCUUCACCGGCUUUUCAGGUCGAAUUCCCAUCUCCGAUCUGUCCGCGCAGGGCGAAAAACUGCUGGUGACCACCUCUAUUGCCCACUUUCUUUUAUCACGGCCAUGCAACGUGACCUUCGCACGCACCGGAGUUCCUGACUUGGAGUCAUCUUCGUGGACCUGGAGGGUGAAAGCUACGAGCUACUAUCACUUGGCACUGGAAGGUGAGAAGAGCAGUAUGCCACUGGACACAUCAAAGGGACACUUGCAUGUGAAGUUCCCACAGCUCUUCGUGUCAGCUGGCUUUGCCCGCUGUCCGCUGAUCGGGUGGUGUGUGUUCUUCUUGGCAGCGACUGUUGGAACUGCACUUCAACUGACCUGGCGCUUCAGUGUGGUGCUUGGUGCCUUGGGCCUUUGCACGGGCUCUUUCUGUUUUGCUUUGCGCCGGAGGCAGGGCACCAGAACCCCUUUGGCCAAACGCCGUCACGAGUUUCUCCAAGAGUGGCAGCCCUUGGCUCUCCAGAGAUGCAGCCGGGGACCGGAUCGUUCGAUGAGCGCCGGCAAGUUGCAACGCUUCGUGCAGUUCUUUGAUAGCUUCAUCAAGGAGCGUUCCAUGUACUACGUUUGCUCCAAUAUUGUGAAGCCCCUCACCAAGCCCUUUCAACUGUCUUUCGUGGAACUCGUGGGGGCAACGAAGAUCCAGUGGUUCGUGAGCCACUACUGGGGCAUGCCACUUCGUCAUUUCAGUGAUGCCAUCCGAAAGCAUGCCCAGUCAGUAGCGUCCAGUUCAGGCUGGCAAGAUGCGGCAUACUGGAUUUGCACCUUCAGCAACAGUCAGUGGCAUGUGAAGGAUGAACUUGGCCAUGGAAAAUGGGAAGAUUCGUCCUUUUACCUUGCGCUCAGAAGUCCAGAGUGCAAGGGUACCACCAUGAUCAUCGAUGACACAGUUCAACCACUUCAAAGAAUUUGGUGCCUUUUUGAAGUGUACCAAACCAUUUGCCUCUCACGCAGUGAUCACUUUCAAGGUUUGCUUCUUUGCACUUCUGCCGGAGUCUUGCAGCAAGGUAAUGCUGGAACCGAUGUGGCUGUUGCUGUGGCCAAAACAGUGGCAGAGUUGGAUACAUGCAGUGCUCAGGCAACUGACGAAGAAGAUCGGCAGAUGAUUCAUUCACUCAUCGAGCAGAUGCCUGGUGGCUUUCAUGCCAUGAACAGCUUCGUUCGAGAGACCAUUUGCAAAGCUUUGAAGGCUUCUCAUCUUCAUUAUGAAGCGACUCUGAGCGAUUUGAUGCAGACCUUGACUUCAGAGCCAUCGUCCUCAGCUCCCCCCGCACCUGUGGGUGGCAUGCCUGCGGGGCCCACACUUCUGACGAGUAGUGUCUACAGAACCCCUUGUGAGACCAAGGUAGAUGCCACGUAA